AUGGCACCUGCCGCUUCCGCGCCAAGGUCACCCGUCAAGGAUGCGCACGACCUCUCCGAGAGCGCACACAUCGUCAAGGAAAGUAGUCGGGAUCUCUACAGCUGCAUCUUCGUUGAUCAGCGCCUGGGCCGCUCAAGGUGUGGGAGAGUAACGCGACUGGAGGAAGACCGUGGAAUACUGGUUACACUCGGUGACGAAGACUUCGUGCAAUACCUGCUCCUUAAGAUCUGGUCACUCGGAAAGGCGGACAAGAACGGGUCCCCCAUACUCAUACGCUCGACGAAAGUCUCAGGUCCCAACACACUCGCAGUAGGACUUGGGGAUGACACAGUGCUGCUGUACCGGCACCUCAACCAAUCCUUCGUCAGCUCCUCGACUUCGCUCUCUGCACUUUCUAAACCGCGCGUUGUACACGACACGAACCCAGAGUCUGUCACCGGUCUUGGGUUCCGCGCGCCCAGGGCCGAAAGUCCGGAUCCGUACUUGUUCAUCGCCGCGACCAACCGUUGGCUGUCGUACCAGGCGAGCGGACGAGGAAGUGGUGGAACGCCGGUGGAACCUGCGCGCAACCUCUUUAUCGCUGGAGACGAGGCCAUCUAUGUGAGCGCCGUUGAAGGAUCCAGACUCUCGAUACACUCCCACCGCAACUACCUCGUCAUCCUCUCUCUUCCUCUCGUAUCUAGCGCAGCAAGUGCGAGCCCUACUAUCUGGUUCGCGACGAGGGCGAAGGAGGCGGACAAGGACGUCGUGGGCAAGGUCACGGUGUACGAUCCGGAGAACAGGAUGGUCGCGUUUUCGGAUACGUUCACGAGUAGUGUGCGGUCAGUACUGUCGCAGUGGGGGAACUUGUAUAUUCUCACGAACGACGGGCUUCUGUUCUCGCUCAGCAUGGCAAAGACACAGAGCCUCGGCGGAGCGAGCGUCGCCGACGUCUACCGGCAAUACGGUGACUACCUUGCCAGGCAUGGCGAUUAUGACGGUGCGAUGCAGCAGUACCUGCAUACAAUCGGGCAAGUGCAGCCCAGUGAUGUUAUUCGCAAGUUCCUCAACGCGCAACGGAUCUAUAACCUGGUAACCUACCUUCAAGAAGCCCAGUCUCCAAGUCUCGCGCACGCCGACCGCACAACUCUGCUCCUGAACACCUACAACAAGCUCAAGGAUGUCGCGCGCCUGGACAGCUCCAUCAAGACCGAGAACAGACGAGGCGACGACAAGGACGAGUCGCCCGCGGAAUACAUCGACCAAGCGGGUUCCCUCGCCAAGCGCUGGGAGCGCCACCAGGACUACUUGAGGACACAGAUCGAGGAUGCAGGGAACUACAAGGACGCCCUGAGCUACCUACGCAUGCUCGGCGCUAACGCCGUACGCCUUCGCCUUCCCUCCUUCGCUCGUUACAUAAGCGGUUCUGGUUAUUGGGCAUACGCAAACGCAAGUCUCGCGCGCUACGGCCGCAAGAUGCUCGAAGCUCUGCCGGACGAAACGACCCAGCUCUUGAUCGACAUUUGCGCGAAUCCCGCCCUCCUAACAUCCGAGGCCGAAUCCCUAUCCUCGCCCAACACCUCUCAACCUCCCGAAUGCAUCAACUCGUACUUUCGUACCUGA